AUGGAGUGGGACAAUAAGAGCACUGAUGCAACCAUGGAGUUCCUCCUGCUCGGCUUCUCCGAGCAGCUCUGUCUGCGGGUCCUCCUCUUUCUUAUCUUUCUCAUUGUCCAUUUGGUCACAUUGGCAGGGAAUGUGAUGAUCUUCACGGCAGUGGUUAUGGAGCCUUCCUGUCCUCCCAUGCUUUUCUUCCUCUGUCAGCUCUCUGUCAUUGAGCUCUGCUAUACCUUAGUCAUUGUCCCUAAGGCACUCCUCAGCCUGAUAGUGGUGGACGGCAGCACCAUUUCUUUCAUAGGUUGUGCUGCACAGAUGCACCUUUUUGUGGCACUCGGCGGGGCUGAAUGCUUCCUCCUGGUAGCCAUGUCGUAUGACCGUUACGUUGCCAUCUGCCAGCCACUUCACUAUGUAGCUGUCAUGAGUGAGAGGUUCUGCCUCAGGCUGGCUGUGGCAUGCUGUUUGGGAGGCUUUGCUGUUGCCCUGGGGUUGACAGUGGCUGUUUUCCGCUUACCUUUCUGUCAGUCACAUCGUAUCAACCACUUCUUCUGUGACAUCCCUGCUGUGCUGCACCUGGCCUGUACACAGAGUUACAGCCCUGAGCUGCCCUUGCUGGCUGCCUGUGUGCUCCUCCUGAUGUUCCCCUUGCUCCUAAUCCUGACCUCAUACAUUUGCAUUGCUGCUGCUUUGUUACGUGUCACCUCCUCCAUGGGAAGGGGCAAGGCCUUUUCCACCUGCAUGUCACACUUGGCUAUCACCUUGCUACACUAUGGAUGUGCCACCUUCAUGUACAUUCGUCCUAAGUCCAGUUACUCACCAGCUCGAGACAAGAUGGUGUCUCUGGUCUACACCAACAUUACUCCGUUACUGUAUCCCCUCAUUUAUAGCCUGAGGAACAAGGAAAUCAGAGGGGUCCUCAGGAAAAUGUUGAGGAGGAAGAAAAUAGCUCAGCUGAACUGGGGUACUAUGAGAGCUGUGAUGUGUGUGUGUGGUAAAUUUUAG